AAGGUCGGGGGUGGAGAAAGCAGUGGGUGGCACGCUACGUAGAGUGGUCCCGCCUGAGCUGCGUGUAGGUGUUUAGAAGGUGGCAGGCUGAGGCAUUCUGAAGGGAAGCAACGCGCAUUGAGCUCUCUCAAGUCGGGAGGAUGCUGGUGGUGGAGGUGGCGAAUGGCCGUUCCCUGGUGUGGGGGGCCGAGGCGGUGCAGGCGCUGCGGGAGCGCCUGGGCGUGGGGGGUCGCGCGGUGGGUGCCCUGCCCCGUGGACCCCGCCAGAACUCGCGCCUGGGCCUCCCGCUGCUGCUGAUGCCUGAGGAGGCGCGGCUGCUGGCCGAGAUCGGCGCCGUAACCCUGGUCAGCGUGCCGCACCCGGAUCCCCGCAACCACAGCCUGGCGCUGGCUUCCUUCAAGCAGCAGCAGGAGCAAGAUCUCCGGGAUCAGAGUGCCUUGGCAGCGGAGGCCCGGGAGGCCCGCCGUCGGGAGCUCCUGGAGAAGAUCACAGAAGGCCAGGCGGCCAAGAAGCAGAAGCUAGAACAGGAUCCAGCAGCCCUGGGGAGCCCCACUGCAGGGGAGAGUGAAGCCAGGGCCAGCCAACCAGCCAGGGAGGAGGAGACGGCAGCAGGCCCCUCGUCUUCCCAACCAGGGCCUUCAGACGGGCCCACCUCCCUGCCCAGGUCAGCUCUGCUCGUCCAGUUGGCCACGGCCAGGCCUCGACCUGCCAAGGCUCGUCCCCUGGACUGGCGCAUCCAAUCCAAAGACUGGCCCCACGCGGGCCGCCCUGCCCACGAGCUGCGCUACAGCGUCUACAGAGACCUGUGGGAGCGAGGCUUCUUCCUCAGCGCUGCCGGCAAGUUUGGGGGCGACUUCCUGGUCUAUCCUGGUGAUCCGCUCCGUUUCCACGCCCACUACAUCGCGCAGUGCUGGGCGGCUGGGGACUCCAUCCCACUCCAGGACCUGGUCUCAGCCGGCCGCCUCGGAACCAGUGUCAGAAAGACCCUGCUGCUGUGUUCCCCGCAGCCGGACGGGAAGGUGGUGUACACCUCCCUGCAGUGGGCCAGCCUGCAGUGAGCCGAGGGCCAAUGACAGGCGGCUCUGCCUGCAGCAAGAGGUAGCCGGGACGUCGCCAAGCGUGGCCAGCUAGAGCACCCUCCUACCUCGCUCCCCGGUUAGAUUUGGGACUCCAGUUCUUUAAGCACUACACCCGAUAGCCCUCCCUGUCCCAGAGCACUUGCUGGCAGCAUCCUUUUUGUAGUGACCUUUUUCCAGCAGUUGGUCUCGUCCGCUGGCCGCUCCUUGCGCUCCAGGACUCUCUCCACAGGGCCCAGCUCCCGGGAAGUCUCAAUAAACUUACUGCAUACA